UCACACUAUCAGUUAGAUGACAACAUCUAUCUUCAUGUAAUACUAAUAUACAUCAAAACAUUAAUCGAAACACACUUAUAAUAUUAUGAUCAAAAUGAGAUUAACAAGCAUUACUUAAAAUAUCAAAAACAUCCAACAAACACGUUGAAAUCAUAACAUUGUAAAUAUCCAUUGAAAUCGCAAUACAAAAACAUUACUUCCGGGUACUUCUCAUUGGCCUCCAUCCAUGCUGUGAACAUGUUGUCCUUAACUGAACAUGCCUGAACCACUGAAUCCAGAGGCUGAACAUCGCGAAAGACAACACUUAGUUCUUCCGGCAAAUGGAAGCUCUUAGGUUCAACUUCUGGGGUGUUAUAUUGAAUUUCAAACUCAAAUAUGCGCCAAACAGCCUCGCACGCAGAAACGUAUCUACAGUCAUAGUACAUCUGUAUCUCAUCGACUGACCGUGCAUCGCACAGUUAGCAUUUGAAGUUGUUAAUAGGAAUGCUUAGGAAUCAAUACAUUUUAGCUCACACCAACUUAUGUCAAAAUCAUUUCUUUUAGUAAAAUGUUUUGCUAGUAACUCACCUUGCGAUGCGCAAAUGAUUUUGCCAUUGUUUUCACUUUCAAAAGUUUAUCUAAAUUAAUUGAAGGUAGAUUAUUUAUAAUGACUAAGUAAUAAGGUGACUAUAAAUUUACACGAAUUGUAUUUUUAGACGGAUUGUCUCUCUACAUAGAUAAAAUAAGGGAGUAAAAUAUGUGAAAAUGUGUUAUGUCAUUCUUGAAUUAUACUCGAAUCUAAAUUUGUGGGAAAAUGUUCAAAUAGGAGCUUCUACUAUUUCUAAUAUCCAAGUAUAGACUGGUUUGGUUUGUUUAAGUUUGGUUUGGUUUGAGACUAAAAUAAGUGUAAGUAUAAACAUCUAAAGUAAUAUUGUGGCAAUGCAUUUAAACGAAUUGCAUUUCUUACACGAAUUGCCCGGGUAAAUUGGCAAAUCAGGGGGGUGCAAAUAUGUGAAAGUGUGUUAUGACAUUAUUAAACAAUACUCAAAUAUGAAUUUGUGAGAAAAUGUUAGUUGAGUCCAUAUCUGAAAAGUAAUGAUAUUAUUUAAGCACAAUAACUUUCGAAUCACAUUAAAUAGGUAGAAUCUAUAGUAGUUCUUAAUUCGAAAAUAAAUACAACUCCAGUGCGAUGCUCGAUUGGUGAAAUUUAAAGGGCGAGUGAACCAUCCAAUAUGAACUUUAGUCAUAUAGCUUAUGUUGAAUUUUCACAUCAAGUGACAAUCACAUUAUUAUAUCCAUAAUAAAGAGUGAGUGAACCAUCCAAUAUCAAUAAAUUCAUUUGCACUCACUCUUUGUUUCCCACCAAUUCAGUUAUAUUUGGAAAAUGCACAAUAUUAGUACACUGACGAAAGUUGAUUUAUUUAAAUUCAUUGUCCCUAACUACUACACAAAAUCUCUGUAAAAGAAAUGGGACUGGGGAGCGAGCCGAGCACAUGAACGGUCACGGGUCAACACAGACUUGGUUGGGUCAACCCAGUCAACUCUAUAAGACUGGCCAACCAUAGAAGGACACAUCGUAAUAAACAUAUAAUUGUAUACAAAAUUAAAGUAGAAAGUAGUUAUUUCAUAAUAACCAACAAAUGAUAAUACUUACUAAGCAUUUAAAAGUUAAAACAGUCUCAUAAUAUUCCAAAUAUCAUUUUAAUCAUAUAUAUUAAAACAAAUGAUGAGACUCUGUAUUUGUUGUUUGUAUUCUACAUUUUCAAUCUAUUUUUAUUCUUAACAAAUAAGUAGUAUGUAAAUAUAUUGCAUUUUCCCUUUGGGUGUUGAAAUUAGAAUUUUAUUGGUUAAAAUUGCUUUAAAUUUUAAAAAAGAAACUUUUUUCCUAGAAAAAAGCAACAAAAACCUGGUUUACCCGAUUUUGUCGGUUUUCCAGGUCGGGUUUUUUAAACAUAGCACAAAAUCAAUAGUUACUGGGUGUACUCCGUAUUAUCUACAACCCAACAAAAGUACCCAAUUACGGAGUAUUUAUUUUUGGGCAUCACCCAAACUUUAAGUGCAACACAAAAAAUUAUAUAUGGAUGGGCCAGCCCAUAGUAGCAUGGGAAUUGUUGAACAGAAAUGCCCAUCAAAUGGAACCUUGUCAAAGUAACGCACGGAGUAGCAUUCCUUCUUCAUAGAAACCCUCCCAGUUCUUAGCCGGCACAGAUCUCAGCGGAACCCCAUUCUUCGCCGACACAUAUCUCAGCGGAACUCCAUCACACUGACGGCUGAAGGAAUCCUUGUUCUCACCUUCUACCGCACAUGUCCGGCGAGAUUUCAGCCUCCAGCCACAACCUAACGGUCGUCCGGGACAACAGCGGUAAACUCUCUAUCCCUCCACUACACCGCACCACACUUCGAAUAUAGUUUUUGAGAUGAACAAACACCUAAAAUAAUUUUUUUUAUUACAAAAAACAACAUUCAAAUCCUACAGAUCUGCAAGAUCACUGGAUAUGGUCCGAUACUUUUAUCAUUUUCUGAUUUGCGUUGUUAAUUUAAGACAAACUGGUCAUUAUUACUACAAUAUUAGGAACAUAUCUUUAUCAUACUCGGUAUAUUGUAAUCGAAGUUUUACUCUGUUACCGAAGCAUUUUUUGAAAAAUAUUCAUUCAAAAUUGAAUAAGAUGUAAAAACUGACACAAAUGGUUAAAGAUAAUACAUGAUAGAUUUAUAUAUGCUUUUAACCUAGGUUAUUUUUACUUUCAUUAAAAAAUAAUUUAUUUUUAAUUGAAAAUAAGGCAAUGGACGUGAUUAACUAUUUGUAGAUAAUUAAUACUAUGUACUCCGUAAUAUAGAGUGAAUAUUUUUAAUUGCCAAACUUCUGACAAUGUUUAAUACUUCUCGACCAUUUGUUGAAUAAACUAACUUAAAUCGCUUUUUUUUAACGAAACUUAAAUCACUUUUUGAAAAACAUUGUUAUUGUUACAGUUUUAAAGGCAUGUUUAUAUGUUUAAAAAAACGCAUAUUACGUACGGAGUAUUAAAUAUAUAUUAUUCACACAUGUACAAUCUUUUUUUGGUUAUUUAUUUUUUUCAGAUUAUUUUAAGCAACUGUACUUAUCAAAAUUUGUUAUUUUACUCGUAUAUUCGAGAAUGGCCCAUACGAAAAAUCUUAUGGGAAAACAUAUUUUUUUGUUUGAAACACAUACCCCUCAUCAGAUAAAUUUACACGUAUGAACUGUUUUUUUAAAUAUUACUCCGUAUGAUUUUGACAUCUGUCACUAAUAACUUGCAACGUGGCAUGCAUAUCAAACCAAAUGUUACUACCUAACAUCAUUUAUUUUGAACAACACACCAACCCCACACUCCCACACUCAUUGUUUCGAACAGCAUACCCUCACAGGAAUAAUAACCCAAACACAACCUUAUCUUCCCACUCCAUUUUUUAUCUCAAACCUUCAAUCUCCACAACUCUACGUCUCUACUUCAAAGUAUCUGGUACCCAAUUUCUAUCGGAUGAAUCAAAACGGACAUUCGAGGAAGGAUGUAAAGAUCCAACAAUGAACGGGAGAUUGAGUAGCGCAUCCAAAGGUAAGAAUUUAUUUAUUUUUUCUAUUAAAUCCCCUAAGAUUUUUCAACCUUUUCAUUUAUGAUUUCAUUUUUACAAUCACAUGGGAGGAAAUGGGGCCUAUCAGAUGAAUGAAGACUACAUUACAGAGAACUGCGCAGGUGACACCCAUAUUCUAAAACUUCAUUUUUUUAAUUUGUGAAAUAACCCGGAACUGGUAAACUUAGGGAGUGUUUGCAAUCACUUAAAAAAAGCACUUCUCAGCUUUUGGCUUUAAAAAGCACUUAUUUACCAAACACUACCAAUUUUUACUUUUUCUCGGCUUGCGUGUGAAAAGUGCUUUUCCCCUUUCUAUUACACAAAAAACACUUAUUUUACCAAACACUAUCAACUUUUACUUUUCAAAAUCACUUUUUUCUCAAACACUAUCAACUUUUCCUACUAAUCACUUUUUCCUUACAUCUCCAAAAGUGCUUUUUUUUAAGCAGAAGCAGUUGCAAACACUCCCUUAUUAACUUUGUGAUUAGGAAAGCUGCAUGAUGGAAGUGCAAAUGCUUGGUUAUUCCAAAGGAAUGGUAAUAUUGCACACUAAUUCCUCAUAAAAUGCAUAAUGAUUAUUUCCUAGACACAUCAAGAUAAGAAUUAAAACACAUAUUUCUGUAAACAACUAUACAAUUCACAAAGAUCAACCACACUCCAUAAAAAUGGCAAAUUUUCUUCACAUUAAACCUGGAAGAACCAUUUUUGAAACUGUUAACUCGUAAGUUUGUUAUUUGUCCAGUUAACUAAUAUUUGUUGACUAAUUUUUGAAAGAGUUCUGUUUUGGUUACAUCUUGGUUACAUCUGGUUAAAAUGAAAUUCCCCUACACUCACUCUGUCUACCCCCUUUUACAUCAAGUAACACAAUGAUUAAGGUAAGAACACAUGUAUCCGAAAAGGGUCUAUUGGAUAACUUGCACAUGAUAUUAAUUGUUUAACUUUUUAAAUUCCAAAAGUUGCUAGACUUUGUAACAUGCAGGAAUUGAGAUCAUCAGUUCUUGUAACAUUGUACUCCCUGAACAUGUAUUUGUGGGUUAUGUACAUUUGAGGUUCAUUUUUGUAAAUAUUGUAAUUGUAAUUGUAAUAGUUAGAUCGAUAUAUGUUAGAUAUAAGAGAUGUGGUGCACGAACUCAGAUUCCAGGUAUGUUCAUUCAUCUGUCAUCCUAACUUUUAAAUUUAUUUAUGUUUGUGUGAGAGAGUAUGUGUGUGUGAGGCUAUAUAUCCUAAAAAUUUCGAAAUGUGUGUGUGAUCUAUCCUAAAAAGUUCCAAAUCAGCAAUUACUUCAAUUACCUUCAUUAGAUAAUCUGUUGGGUUGAACAUAAAUUUUUUAUUUUACUACAUCCAUGAAAUAUAAAAUAUUUCCAGGAUUUUUUCAAAUACCUACAUCGAAAUCAACAAUUUCUGAUCAACCAACUUGUAUUCAGUUUUUUGAACAGCUAAAUAUAAUCUUUGAUCACUGCAUUAACCUAAUCUUUGAUCUGCAUUAUGCCCAACACUUGGGAUCAAAAUAAACUCAUCAAAUGUGACAUUUACAUGAUAUAAAGAAAAUCUACAGAAAAUUCAGUCAGCUAUAAAGACCACAUACCAACAUUUUCGAUAGAGCUUUGGUUUUGUUUUUGGUGCGAUCUGGUUGAUGCCAAGGAUUGUGAGGAUUGAAGAACAUGAUUCCUGAUUUUAUAGUUGAAAAUAGCUUGGUAUUACAUCUCAAUCACUGUUUGCACCUCAGAUUCCACCAAUAGAAAAAGGAUAAAGAAAGAGAACACUGUCAAAGCUGUCAGAAUCACUAUUCCCACCUAAAAUCCCACCAAUGGCAACAAUUGAAGCACUCGGAGGGAACACUGUUUGCUAAGAUUUCAAAACCCAACAGUGUCUUCAUUGUAUGAAAUCACACGCAAAAUCAAUUUCAGGACAGCAUUGAAGCUCGGUUUCAGGACAGUUUUUUAUUUUAUAAUUUUUUAGCACAUAAAUUAGAUCAAACGAAUGACUCACUUCAGACAGCGACAGUUUCAAGCGGGAAGCUUUCCAUCCAAAACAUUUUGCUUUUAGAUUAUAAUAGAUAAUAGAUUUCGGCCACUACGAUUGCGGGGCUUAUGAGUUAUAA